CUCAUCGACAUCUAUCAUUCGCCAACCCGCUUUUUGCGAGGACACUCUAUUGUAUUGAAAAUGGCUCGCUUGCAUCGAGUCUCAAUAUACUCCUCUGUCCUUAUUUCGAUCUAUCUACUGAUGUUGUUUGAGGUCCUGUCUAUACCACUCAUUGACACGGGUGUAGCGCAAGAAAUCCUUCCAGUCAUUCCGUGGUGGCUUUUGGUGUCAUUCGGGUCGUAUUCCCUCUGGAGUCUCGGCUGGGGGGUAUUCACGUUCCGCGACUGCCCCGAGGCGUAUCACGAAUUGCUGCAGGAGAUCAACGAAGCCAAAAACGAUCUCCGAACUCGGGCUGUCACUGUCGACUGAGGCGACUCCUUCACACAUUUCUACAUUUGACUCAAAAUACGUGCAGAUGUAAUCUAUAUUCGACUCAAAUACCAGUCCCAUGAGCCCCUCUUUCGUUUUCUUCUCGUUCCUAAGUUUGGUUCAGAUGUAUAGGACAUUGACGAGAUGCGUCCGACGGGCAUUCAACAUCCUUGGUCACUUACCGACGACUCACACUCAGAGAUAUUGAGAUUUGGAGACUGAUCCCGUGUAGACCUAGCUUUUUUUCCGUUGUUCC